AUUUGGAAAUUCCAGUAGAGCAACUCAUGCUGGAACUUACUUUGUCAGAGCAUGCUCCCAAAACAACACAGAAUAGUAAACAAGGGAUAUUCCAGUUAUGGAGUUAUCCUCUCAACAAAGGAAGUGCCACGGAGAACAGGGAUUUCAAAAAAUCUUCAAUGGAAACUGGCUGUCAUGUGACCAGUAAUCGCAUAAGGUUCUUCGCUGUGAACCACUCACUAACAAGUGCUUCAGUGGACAAGCCAGUUGGCUCCUACCCUGCCCUGCAGAUGCCAUUAAGUCACUGCUGGCCUUAUGCUGAUGGAGACUUCUUUAAGGACAGAAAUGAGCCUCAUAUUAAUUUAUGCUCAACUCUAGGAAACAACAGUGGUGAACUUUUAACUGCGCCAAAUUGGAAUCUGAAGUAUGGAAACAGCAGUGUGGAAGAAAAUUUAACAGAUGAAAGUGAUUUAUCAGAAAACGAAAAAGCAAACGAGACUUUACUCAGCUAUUUUAAAAAGAUGGACCUGAACUUAAAGCCAGAAACAAUAGAAAAUGUUGAAGACUCUUUCACAGAAGAACCAAGUGAAGUAUUUCCAUAUCCUGAUUUUCUUCCCCCUCCUUUCAAUACCCUGGACUUGCACAAAUUAGCCAUCUCAAAAUCUGAAAAUUGGAAAAUGACAAUGGAGUCCCUAGACAGCUCUCUGGAACAUUUAGUAGCUCGUUUACUGGACAUGGAGAGAUUGCAGCGCACGACUAUUCAAAGAGAACGGCCGAGACUGCAGACUUCCUUCUGUGCUCCCUUAGCCACCGAACGACCCUCUUCCUCCAAAGCUGUACCCAAAAUGAGACAGCCCAAACCUCCCGACUCUGUGGGUCUUCAGACAACUUGUGUAGAGAAAAGUCACGAGGAAAGGAAAACCAGUUCUGGUUCUUGCAAGCUUGAAUACAAUGCUCCCAAGUGGAAUUGCAGCCGUGCUGGGAAAUACAAAUGGAAUUCUAGACCAGCUCUGAAAACCUCACCCACCACAAAACAGGUGAUUGCAGCUUACGACAACUUUAAGAACCCCAAGGUCUCCAUUUUAAACCCAUGCCAAGAACUCUCAGCCAAGCCUGCUCCUGCCCAGACAACUCAGUUGCUGGUUAAAAUGGUCUCAACCAGAUGUCUGCCACCAAAGUCUCCUACACGAGUUUCACCUAUACUUCUGUCUUUUCCUGAAAAUCAGAGGGAAGAAAUUAAGGCACCACCAAGGACCAGAAAGAAACUUUACCAAAAAGACAUGGUACUGAACAGACCAUUCUGUAUUCAGAAGCUAAACUGUUAAUCACCUUCGUUGAUAGCUAAGGAUAAGUGCUCACCCAUUGACCAAAAAUAACUCUUUUCUUUCCUGCAUCUCAACGUGAGCAAGUCUAUUCCAAGAAGCCUGGCUAAAAUAUGGUUCCUCAUUCCGAGAUACAGGUAUUACACACACACACACACACACACACACACACACACACACACACACACACACACACACACAAUUCCUGAAUGUGCUGUGGAGUGGAACUUGUGACAGUCGCAGCUGAGAUGUCUACAUAUAAACCAAGGGCUUCCCUGAUGACAUAUUUGAGUCUCUUACAUGUUAUGUUUCAAAGGAAUGUUUCACUUAGAAAACCAUUCUAUUCAAGAUGGUUCUUUUGUUGUGAUUGUUUCCCAGUAUAAUUCCAUCAUCAAUA